AUGAACUCUACUGCUUUAAAUCCAGAAGUUCUAUGGGCUCAAAGAUCCAAUGCCAAAAUUCAUGAGAAAAAUUACAUCCUUUUAACUAUCUCCAUCCCAGAUUGUGAAGAUCCACAAGUCUCCAUAAAUGAGGACUCCCUAGAUUUGACUGCCACUUCAAAGGGCCACGUUGGUGAUGAACAAGAACAUACGUAUAAAUUACAUAUUGAUUUUUAUAAGAAAAUUGACCCUGCAUCAAAGGAUUCCAUUACUAAGGUGGCAAAUGGGAGACAUUUCUUUGCUAAAUUGAUUAAGCAAGAUUUAGAGACAGACUAUUGGCCAAGAUUAACCAAGGAAAAGAUUAAGUAUUCUAAUAUAAAGACCGACUUCAAUAAAUGGGUUGAUGAAGAUGAACAAGAGGAAGAGGAAGAAUUGCCAAUGGGUAUGGGAGGUGGUGCUCCAGGAGGCGUUGACAUGAGUGAAAUGUUAAAGGGUAUGGAUAUGGAUGCUUUGAAGAAUAUGGAUAUGAGCGCCUUACAAGGUUGA